GUGGAAACGAGCUCACGUAAAAUCUUCAUCUUCAGUGCAAUCAUUCAACCGCCGAUAUAUUUACUCGGUUUUGUCGCCAAUCUCAUCAACAUCUUCGUGUAUUUCAAAAUUAGACCCAAAGACUGCAUCAACAUUUGUUUCUUCGUCCUCUCGUGUGCAGACUUGGCGAGUGUGUUGAUGUUGAUACUCGGGGAAAUCUUUCACGUGUUUACAAAUAAUUUUGAAAAACUAUGGGACAUUGAGGACAAAGAUCUGUCAUUUCUUUUUGUUUUUUAUCAUGGGUCAUUUUACAUCUCACAAGGAAUAACUACCUUUACCGCAGUCCAAAAAGGCUGGAGUGUUGCGCUACCUUUUCGCUCUAGAAACCCGUUUAUCGCAUCCAUAACAUAUGGUAUCUUGUCUGGAAUUUCAAUUGCGAUCUUCUCUCUGCAUGUGCCGAUUCGGUCAAGGCCAGAUCUGCAGGAAUCCAUGUCCGCGGACACCAGUAGACCUCUUCUUUUAGUAUGGACAGCUGAAAUCAGACAACAGCUGUUCCCUGGCGUAAGGCUCGUGUCUUUACUAUUCACCAGCACAUGUCAAGUCAUUGUCAUCUUCUGCUUGAUUGUUUUGGCUUCAAGGUUACGAGCCUCAACAAAUUUAAUGGAUUCAUCGGCUAUCCCCAACGUGGAUAUGGAUCCACCGACAACCACUAAA